UGACACCUUCUGGUUACCCUGCUUUGAGAGGCAGAGUAUCAGAUUCAUACUCUUGUGGUGCGACUCAAGAAAAUGGAUCAGCAAAAGUUUAUUUACACAGGUUAUAAAUACGCAAAGGUGGAGAUCCGUCAAAGAGGAAGGGAGUUCCAAAGUCCUGGAGUCGCACAAAGGCUGUGUCUCCUUUGUUUUUUUUAAGGGGGACAAUUAAUGGGAUGUCAAGGCCCUGAUGGGGGUGAAGUUCCAAGAUGUAAAUUGGUGUCUGGAAGAGGAGGAUUUGCUUGAAGCCGUACGAUUGCCAGCUGUUUAAGAGACAUGAGCUAGAGGUGUUAUGGUAGAAUUAUGAGAGCACAGGGAAAAUCUUCAUUUGGGAAAAACACUAUCUGACACUAGACCUUAAAACACUUUUGUUGGUUUAUAAAUCUCUUAACAGCUUUGCACCAAAAUACAUUAAAGACCUGUUGCUGUUGUAUCAACCAUCCAAACCACUUAGGCCCUGUGGGUCUAAUCUGCUCAUUGUGCAUACAUUGUCUUUUAAAUUAUUAGAAACAUUGUUUAGAAUAUCUGAACCAAAAUCAAGGUAUCCAAGGAGACCAGGCAUGCCUUUCUCUGCAUUUUCCAAAAAAUGGAAUCCCAGAACUAGAUGCCAACAUGAAUAAGAUCUUCCUAAACCAGAAACUUCACAAAUCACUGAAACACUGUAAAAGCAAAGAUGUCUCGGUGAACAAAUAAAUGAAUCAAAUUGAUUCAAUGGAAACAUGAUUUGUUUUCAAGCAGGUCAAAUUACUGAAAAUCUAAUGUAUUUUUUUAAAAAAAUAUUGAUUAGAAGUAAAAAGUAUUAUUUAUUGUACCAAGGUGCCCAUGGAGACCAAAUAUGGUUUUUCAGAGCAUUUUUUAAAAAGGGGGACAAAAAUGUCGUAGUUUCCCAGCAACUGGUUCUCAUCAACAGCUGUGAUUGACUGGCGCAUCUGUCUCAGCUCCACCGUGAAAUGAUUCUAUUGAAAGAGGGCCUGUUUCAGGGCUUUUCCCUGUUGAUGAUUGGCUUGGGGUUAGCCAUUGGGUUUUUGCUGAGGCAUGUGGUUCCUAUCACUCAAGAUCAAAUGAAUUGGGUGAAAGUCCCAGGAGAUUUACUUUUUGACAUGCUUGAGUUUUUUGCUAUCCCUCUCAUUGUGACAAGGGUGAUUGCAGAAGUAACUGGAUUAAAAAGCAAAUUGCCUGGGAAAACAGGCAUCUUCACAACAACGUACAUCUGUGGCUCUACCAUUCUGGCCGUAUCUAUUGGAAUGACUCUAGUGAUCCUGGUCAAGCCAGGUAUGGAUUACACAGAUUUUGACAGAAGAACCGUUAACACAGACAUGCCAUCCUCCUCUAUGCAUGUGCUUUUCAUGGAUAUUAUUAGGAACAUUGUUCCAGAGAGCUUCGUUCAGGCUUUCUACGAGAGGUACAAGACAGAGAUUAUUCCGGUUCAAUUAAGAACUUCUAGAAGACUCUCCGUUGAUCCCUCAGUAAAACAAAAUGGCACUGAGAUGCAACUGAGAGGCAAAUAUGUUGCUGGAGCCAACAUGAUAGGACUGAUCUUCUGGUCUUUCACCAUCGGAUUCAUGUUAAACAGGGUGGGAAUCAAGGCCAAAGCCACUGUGAAGUUCAUCAGAAUCCUCAGCAAUGCAAUAACAAUCAUAUACAACUGGAUGCUAUGGUACUUGCCAAUAGGCCUUUUGUUCCUGGUUCUGGAGCACGUGUUGGAUAUUGAUGACUGGAGCACGUUCAUGAAACUUGUCAGAUAUAUAGGGGUACUUUUUCUAGGGCUUGGAAUCCACUCCUUUCUUGUUCUUCCAUUGAUUUACUUUGUGUUCACCCAACGAAACCCCUUUCUCAUCUUCAUUCAGGUUUCCAAGGCUUUGUUCACCUCAUUGCUCAUGGGGUCCAGCGCCGCCACUCUUCCAAUCACCAUUCAAUGCUGUGAAGAGAACUUGAAGGCCAAUGCAAGAUUCUGCAAGCUCAUGUUGCCAAUAGUUGCCACCAUCAACAUGAACGGGUUGGCACUGUAUGAAGUGAUCUCCAUCAUGUUUUUUGCCCAGAUGAGUGACAUCCUUUUGGAUUUCAGCCAGUUAAUCACCAUUUGCUUGACCUGUUGCAUUUCAAGCUUUGCAGCUGUCGGUGUUCCAGCAACGGGAUAUGCAGCCACUGUCCUGAUUUUCACAUCUGCGGGACUACCUGCACAUAAUGCCUCUCUUCUGCUGCUCUUUGAGUGGUUUUUAGGCCAUUUCACUACCAUAGUCAAUGUGCUAGGAGACUGUUAUGGUGCGGCUCUCAUCAGUCAUCUGUGCAAAGAUGAGCUCUUGACCCUGGACAAAUUAACAAGAGAAAGAUCCUCCAUAGCAGUGGCGGAGCCAGAGGAGUGGCCGGGGUGGCACUUGCCACCCCCAACAGAGCCCUUGCCACCAGUGGCGGAGUCAGAGGGGUGGCCGGGGUGGCACUUGCCACCCCCAACAGAACCCUUGCCACCAGUGGCGGAGCCAGAGGGGUGGUACUUGCCACCCCCAACAGAGCCCUUGCCACCAGUGGCGGAGCCAGAGGGGUGGUACUUGCCACCCCCAACAGAGCCCUUGCCACCAGUGGCGGAGCCAGAGGGGUGGCCGGGGUGGCACUUGCCACCCCCAACAGAGCCCUUGCCACCAAGGGCGGAGCCAGAGGGGUGGCCGGGGUGGCACUUGCCACCCCCAACAGAGCCCUUGCCACCCCUACUGCCACCCCACUGGAAAUGCAUACGUCCCACCACUGAGCUGGAGCUGGACUUACUCUGUUUGGAGUCCGACAACGAGCUCAUCCCUUCCUCUUCCGCAGGAGGUAGUUCACCUACGUGAGGGGAUCAUCUCAGCACCAUAUUAGCCCCUACAUAAAAAGCCUGAGGACAGGAAUGUCAGCGUCCUGGGGUGUCUGAGCUGAUCAUUUCCUUGUUUUAAUAUAAUUGUUGCUAUCA